UCGGCGCUCCCCGGGUAAGCCCAUUGUCUGUACUGAGGCGCCGGCGGGAAGCGCGCGAGGAGCGCGACUGGGCGAGAGAGGCGCGCGCGCGCAGGGCAAGGGAGCUCUGCCCAGGCGAGAUGUGCGGCGCCGGCCGCCGGGUUGCAGCUGCUGAGAGGCUGAGGCGGGGACUGGCCUGGGCUCGGGGCAGCUGCAGUUGCUGAAAGGCCGACACCAACUUUGCCCGACAGGACGCGCCUUGUUUUUUGAAUCUUGCUGUUCCCCUUCUUCACAUGGAGACGUUGAACGCCGUGAGGGCGAAAGUAGGGGCGAGAAGCCCGGGCAACUGCGAGGCGGCUGGAGCCGGCGAACCCAAGCCUGCCUCUUCUUCGAGCCCCGCUGGCCGAGGCUCUCCUGCAGCGGCGACGCCGGAGUCCCCCGCGUAUAGACUGGAGGAUCUGGAGACGUUGGCCACUGUGGGGACAGGUACGUUUGGGCGGGUUCAUCUGGUGAAAGAAAAAUCAGCCAAAUGCUACUUCGCAUUGAAAGUAAUGAGCAUCCCAGAUGUCAUUCGCCUAAAACAAGAACAGCAUGUGCACAAUGAAAAAUCAGUCUUGAAAGAAGUGAAUCAUCCAUUUCUGAUCAAACUAUAUUGGACUUACCAUGACGAACGCUUUCUAUAUAUGUUGAUGGAAUAUGUACCUGGAGGAGAACUGUUUAGCUAUCUACGCAAUAUGGGACGCUUCAAUAACAGCACUGGACUAUUUUAUUCUGCAGAGAUUGUUUGUGCAAUAGAAUAUAUUCACUCAAAAGAAAUUGUUUACAGAGACUUAAAGCCUGAAAAUAUUUUAUUAGAUAAAGAGGGGCAUAUCAAGCUUACGGACUUUGGAUUUGCAAAAAAACUGGUUGAUAGGACGUGGACACUGUGUGGAACCCCAGAAUAUCUUGCCCCAGAAGUUAUACAGAGUAAAGGUCAUGGAAGAGCAGUAGACUGGUGGGCCCUAGGCAUUCUAAUAUUUGAAAUGUUAUCCGGAUUUCCUCCAUUCUUCGAUGAUAACCCGUUUGGGAUAUAUCAGAAGAUACUUGCUGGAAAAAUAGAUUUCCCAAGACAUUUGGAUUUAUAUGUAAAGGACCUUAUUAAAAAGCUACUUGUUGUUGAUAGAACAAGACGACUGGGGAACAUGAAGAAUGGAGCAGAUGAUGUGAAGAGACACCGAUGGUUCAGGUCUAUAGACUGGGAUGCUGUACCACAAAGAAAAUUAAAGCCUCCUAUAGUGCCGAAAGUAUCAAAUGAUGGUGAUACAUCUAAUUUUGAAGCUUAUCCUGAAGACGACUGGAACAAAACACCUCCUGUACCUGCUAGAGACUUAGAAAUUUUCAAAAAUUUUUAAUUGUGAGACAUAAAGCGUAUUUAAGAAACUGGAAGAUCAUCAUAGCUGGGAACUUGCAAAGAAGAACUGAAAACAUUACUGAAGAAUUUCUUUGAAAUGAGUGAAUGUCACUACAUUAUGCACAGUUUUUAAAGAAAUGCUUUUGGAAUUGGAGGAACCGAUGAUUCUCAUAUUUAGUUCAGAUUUGGCAUUAGUUCAGUAAACUAAAAUACUGAAGCACCUACCCUGUGGAAGACUAAUUGAAAAUUGCUAUAGUUUUUUAAAUUAAAGUUUAUUUUUAAGUUUUUGUUUCUUGCUAUGCCCAGAUCUUUUUGCAUAGUUAUCUCAUAGACUAACUUUAUAAGUUUUACUAAAUUGGUCAUUUGAAGCACAAAGUAGUAAAUAUGUAUAUAAAGAAAUCAGAUAAAGCACAGAAACUGUGCAGAAAUGUAAAUUUUUGUACUUUACAGAGUCUAUGGUUUUUAUUCUUAAAUGUUUUUUUUGAGAUGCUCUCUAGAAGUAAAAAAAAACUUAAAAGGAUAAUUAGGUUUUUCAGCAUCUUAUAUGCGUUUUAUAAUUCUUUGUAAAAAGGAAUAUACAAGUAAGUUUUGGAAAAAAUGUAAAAUUUCCAGUGCUUCACUGUUGCAGCCAUAAUACUUGAAAGCUGAAAGAUAAAAGGGCCUUGUUUUAUUUUUUUUAGAUUGCAUCAUGACAUUUUCUUCAAAGUUCAUGAUGUGUUUGCUCAUCAUUGUUCUUGGUAACUACAGACUAUGGAAAGUGGAUUUUUGUUUUUUCUUAAGUAUAAGAAAUGGCAAGACAUUUGUUGCAGCAUUUUUUGCUGAUAAGGUAGAAAUCUCUUUUCUGACUUCAGCAGUUCAGUCCCAAGCAGAGUUACACAUUUCUAAGCCCAUUGAAGUCAAUAAAUUAACUUAGAUUGAUUGUAUUAACUUAUUUUCAUUGCAUUUGCCUAAAAGUCAUCAUCUCAGGCUCAGUACUGUUUAUGUAGUCUUUUGAGCCAUCAAGUGAUGUGCGUGAAUAUGCAACUCCAAACCAGGACCUUCUGUAGAUCAACUGAUCUCCAGUACCAUAAAUUUGCAUCAUAUACAUUUGCAAUAAACCAAAAAUAUUAAAUGUGGAGAGUGGUAAUAUGCAUUUACUAAAUUCUGGGGUUAACUUGACAUUUUUUAGAGAAACUGUGCUGUUCAAACAUAUUACUAAUUUUAGGCUUUUUCAAUACUUAAAUUUGCUGAAUUUAACUUUAAACUGGCUUGUGUGGAAGAAUAAAGUACUAGCAGAUCUAAAUUCAGAGAAGUAUUGCAUUUUUAUGUUUGAAGCUCUCUCCAGUAAAAGGAUAGAACAUCUGCAAACCUGGUAGGUGCCCAUCCAUUUUACACCUUAAGUUCUUUUUUUAAAAAGACUUAUUUUCCUUUUGUAAAUCUAUACUGUUUUAAGAGCCUCACAUUUACUUGAUUUAUAAAAUUAAAGACUUGCACAGGUUUCUAGUCUAUUUGAUCAGAUACCUUCAUAGACCAGAUCUGUUGAGCCUGGUCCUUCACUAUUAUUCCUGCUUUCAUUUUUGAUGGCAAGAACAUCUUUCUAAGCCACAAUUGUAUAUAGGUCUUAUGUCAGAAGUGGUACCAGGGGAUGCAGUUCUUAAUUUCAAUGCUCCCAUGUUGCCUAUCCAGGAUUUACAUGAGUUCUAUUCCUUUCUUCUGUAUUGUUACAUGCUAUUUGCAGUCAGCACAUAGAGUACUUAUCUGGGAACAAGCAGCAGUGUUACUAUUUCUUGUGAUUGUUAACACUCAGCAUUUGUGUGACUUGCACAGUUGCACAGUUAGUUCUGUUCAAUGUGAACCUGCCAACUUUGGCAUUCCUGGUUGCAGAACCAUGGCAUGUGCUUUGCGGCAAAUUAGGGUUCUUUCUAAUAGAAUACAUUGUACUUCCUGUUCAUGUCUGCACUCCAGCUGUUAAACUGUUGGAAAUGCCAUAAGCAAGAGCAGAGAUACAAUAAGUUUGUACUAAACUCUUCCAUAAAUGUCAUACUUCUUUAAUAUUGGACUUUUUAAAAAAUAGUGCUCUCAAUAACUGUUGUAGAUAACAUUUUAGCACAUGGAAUAUUACGAAUGGAAGUAAGUUCAUUUCAAAGUAUGUUGAGUCUCAAGAAUCCCAGUGUUGCUUUAGCUGACUCUAAUAUGUGAGUUCCUUUGGUGGUGAUCCUUCUUUGCUUUCAUUGAUCAAUUUAACCUUCGUAUUACUAUUUGGAAUCAUUGAUACCUCAGCUAUGGCUGUUACAAGUUGCAAACUGACUUUGCAUGCCUAAUAUAUGGUAUACCAUAUAAUAAAUCCAUGCAUUCACUUGGUUGCCAAGCCACUAAAACUGUACUGCUUCUGACUUUAGUUAUAUUUCACCUGUAAGUAUCCAGUUGUUGGAAAAGUUGUUACGUGGUUAUUAAAAAAUAGACCAGAAUUGUUACUUUAAUUUGGUCUACAGAAAUUAUGUACCAUAAAUUUUAAAGAAAAACUUUACCUACGUUAGUGAAAUUAGCAUAAGGAGUGGCACAAUAUCAGGAUGCCUUGUAAGUGUCAGGUUAUAGUAUUUAAUAGCAGUGAGAUCCAUUGUUUAUAUGAGCAAUAAAUAUGCUUACAUCCCAAACUGAUAAAAAUAAAAUUGCACAGGAAAGAAAGGCUUAUCAAAACUUUAUACCAUUUCUAGAACAAUCAUGUUUAAAUGCUGGCCCAUCCUAUGAUUAAUAUUUAUUGAUAAUUUUUAGAAUAUUAUGCCUUGCUAGUCUGAAAUCCCCAACUCAAAGCUUUGAGGAAAUGUGUGUUUAAUAAGUAAUCUUUUAGAUUUGAAUAUUAUUUUUCCUUGCUACUGGUGUAAUGCAUUCAUAUCUCUGUUGGAACUGGAGAGACAUUUGUGCUGUGUAAGUUUUCUUUUUUAAAUUCUUUAGGUACCUUUAACAUACCCAAUAAGGAGACUUUCAGAGAUACUUUGGCCAAGCUCAUAGAUGCCUAGAAUGGCAUCAUGUGUUGGGUACUACAGGCAUUCCUUCCCCUCCAAUGGGAGUGCUUGAUUUUUACUAUUAUUUUAUCUCAGAAUGAUGGUGGGGGACAGUGUCAGUGUCAUUGAAAAGUUACAGACAAAACUGAUGGUCGAGGUAUGCAUGACACAAACCUGUUAAUCAGUUACCACUAAACAAAUGUGCAUUUGGAAAUGGACAAUGACCAAAUAUACCACAUCUCAUUACAAAAUCUAUUUGUACCUGCACUGCUGCUUUAAUCAUGAAAUCUCAGAAUAGAAUGCCACCUAAUUGGACUAUUUUGAGCUAACAAAAUAUACUGGUAAACUCUCACAACACAUCUAUGCACAAUAUUUAUGAAAGCAUGCAUACAAAUAUUUAAAAGUGAACAACUUAGCACCUGGUUUUUUUAAAAAAAUAUGCCUAUACAUUAUUUUUAGUAGAACUGAUCAUUAUUACUUGGUGGCUAUUUUUGUAACAAUUGGAUUCUGUAAGGAACUUCUAACACAAUUUUUUUUGUAACUAAGUAAAACUUUUGUACUGGAUCAACAGACAAAACUAAGCUAAACCACUGCUAGCUCUUUCUAAAUGCCCUGUUAUAACUUGGAUCAUUAGCAUAAUUUUAACUAAGAUGCACUGUAAUGGAGAACAUGCCAUGGAUUGUAGUGUAAACUUCCUUGACUGAAAGAAAACUUCCAUUGAGUUUUAACCAAAAUGGUCUGCUGUAGAAGAGCCAUCUUAACUAUGAUUAACUGGAUGAGUAGAUCUCCGAGAGAAAAUAAGUAGUGGUAAACAAUCAAGUGAUCAUCUUGCCAUACAAGAGAGUUGAACUUCCUACAUUACAGAAUUUUUCAGCUUUCAAGAACUGUAGCAUGAUUCCUUUGUACUGUACUGUGUACAGAUUUCCUGUUUUGCACUUUUCUAUGGCAAACAUGACAGCUUUAUAAAUAUCCUGCUGUACAGUAAAUAAGGGAUAGUUGCAUCUUUAUACAAAACCAAAUUUGUUAGAUUGACAUCUGUAAGUCAGCCUUGGAAGUCUGAGAAGUUGCUUGCUAGUUCUAAUGUGUAUAAGUACUGUACAAAUACAUGUCAGUCCUCAUUGCACAAUGAAAAUCACUGUGAUUUGUAAAUAAAACUUAGUCCAAAAAUG